CCUCUCAAUGGAACUAGCAGCUGCUGCUGCAGCAGCAAAUAGUGUCAACUUGGAAACACAGCCAUCCAGAUCAAUACCAAGGGCUUCUCUUCAGGGGGGAAAUUUAGCUGGGAGAGAAAACUAUGGAGAUGCAACUGCUAGUACAGCAUGGUCAAUCUGAACUGUGACAGCAUAUUAUGCCAAAAACAAAUGUAGCCAGGAAGCAAAUUCUACAGCCAGUGAGGGUACAUGAAAACAAGCCCACAUGAACAUUUUGCCUUCUUGUCCAGUUCAUGCAUUUGCCCACCAGAAAAAGGAAAUAUCCCACAGGUGUCCCUAUUUAUGUAACAUUAACACUAGAAUCAAAAGAGUCCACCCUACAACCAGCAGAAGAAAAAAAAGAGAUCAACCAUUUGUUAUGGAUUUUUUGUGGGGUUCUGUUGUAUUUGUCCAUUUCAUUCUGAAUUCAGUGGUACCUGGUUAUCCUUCUGUCUUUUGAGUCUUACAUUUGUUGUUUUGUCGUUGUUUGUGCUUGACUAUGGUG